UGGGAUUCUCAAACGCAGCAAAUUACGAACCUAACGUACAGGUAAAAGGCCAGUAAUUUAAAAUAUUUAAAUAGAAGAAAAAGAAAAUAGUUCCGUAGAAAACGAGGUUAGGUUAGAGUUGUACUAAUUUUAAAUUUAAAAAAAUAAUUUACAUUGAAUUUUAAGUUACUUCAAAUAAUGAUAAAACACAAAACGUCGUCAUGGAAAUAUUUCGAAUACAAUCAAUUUUGAUUUAAUAAAACUGAAAACUUAUCCAAAAACAAUAGGGGUAUAAUAAAUCACAGUAAAAGACCGUUAUGCAAGAUUCCGUGAUAAAUAUUACCGAAAAAAUUUCGGAGGAUGUUAAAGACGAGGCGGAAGAUGUGUCAUCUGCAGAUGGUUCUUAUCAAAUUAAACCCUCAUUACAAGCAAAAUUUAAGGAAAUACCUGUAAAAGAAAUUAUAAGAAAUGUUGUUGGAGCAAUAUUAACUGGAAAAUCGUAUGAUGCCGAACUUGCAAAAAAGUGGACCAUUAACAUAGCGAAUGAAGUCAGCGAUAAAGUAAAAGAUCUCGAGAUGAAGAGAUACAAACAUGUUGUACAAGUUAUUAUAGGAGAAAUGAGAGGGGCUGGUGUAAAAUGUGGAGCCAGAUGUGUUUGGGAUUCUGAUGUUGAUAACUAUACUAGCGAAAUAUUUAUAAAUGAUACUAUCUUUUGUGUGACUGCAGUGUUUGCAAUAUAUUUAUAUUAGCUUAAACUUUUAAUGUAAGUUUUUUACAAAUAAAACAAUUUUUACAGA